AGAGGAACGAGAUCAACGAAACAAGAUGGCGCUUUACUUCACGGAGAACCAGAUUGAUGAGUUCAAGGAGUGCUUCUUCUUCCACGCCCGGAAGGGUCACAUCAGCACCGAGGCCGAUCUGUCCAUCAUCAUCCGCUCCCUGAACUUCAGCGUCACCAAAGAUGAGGUCGGGAAGUACUUCACACAGGCCAUAGCAGUGGAUGCCUUGUUCCGUGAGGCCGGCGUGCAGCCAAGCGGGCAGAUCAACAUCAACGGAUUUGUGGACGCCAUCAUGACUCCCUCACCCGACUAUUGAAGCCUGGCCUCUGUGUGUGUGUGUUUGUGUAUCUGUGUGUGUGUGUGUGCGCGCGCGCGUGUAAAAGAGAGAGAAUGUGUACGCUUUUACUCCAAUAUGUAGGUGUGCCUGCAGUGCCGAAUGUGUGUGUGUGUGUGUGUGUGAGACAUUUUGUGUGCGCGUGUGUACAAGAUUAGAAGGAGGAGAGUGAAUGUGGCAACAUAAAAAAUUUGCAAAUUGUUCUGCAGGGUGUAGUGAGCACAUUCAUCUUUUAGGGGCUACGACUUUUAUCAGCGACAGAUGAUGAUGCUGCCUCCUCCAUCUCGUCCCCUCCUCCUGUCUUCCUCUAGAGUUUCUUCCCCUGCGUCCUUCAAAGAAAACUGUCUUGUCUCUUCGGCUCGCUGUCUCGUUGUGUGGAUCGGGCCGCAGUGAAUGCGACACAAUUGGUCGCUUUUAAGCACAAGGGGGCUAUCGCGAAGAACACUGUUUUGAGAAAAUCGGAGGUAAAGUUUUU